CACGAUCAAGCAGUGAGCUCACUUGCGUGAGCUGUGACGUACUCCUACGUCAACAAAGAACAGAAAAAAAAAGGCACCGCGCCGGCGAGGGGAGGCCCGAGCACAGGAGGAGAGUAGGGGAUGAUAGGGUGGGGCGACGUGUACAAGGUGGUGGCGGCCAUGGCGCCGCUCUACUUCGCGCUGGGGCUCGGCUACGGCUCCGUGCGGUGGUGGAAGCUCUUCACGCCGGACCAGUGCGACGCCGUGAACCGCCUCGUGGCCUACUUCUGCGUUCCCUUCUUUGCCUUCGACUUCGCCGCGCGCAUCGACCCCUUCGCUCUCAGCUACCGCGUCCUGGCCGCCGACGCGCUGUCCAAGCUCGCCGUCGCGCUCUCCCUCGCCGCCUGGGCCGCCGCCGCCGCCGCGUCAGCGUCCACCCGCGGCGGCGCCGCCGGGGCCAAGGGCAAGGACCGGGCCUUCUCGUGGUGCAUCACGGGGUUCUCUCUGGCCGCGCUCAACAACACCCUCGUCGUGGGCGUGCCGCUGCUGGACGCCAUGUACGGCAAGUGGGCGCGCGACCUCAUCGUACAGAUCUCCGUGGUGCAGAUCAUCGUGUACUUCCCGGCCCUGCUGCUGGCGUUCGAGGCCAGGCGCGCGUGGGGCGCCGCCGGGAAGCCGGCCGCGGCGGAGGGAGCUGCGGGCGACGUGGAGGAAAGCGGCGGCGAGACGGCGGCGCGGUCGUUCCGGCCGCUGGUUAGGGCGGUGUGGAUGAAGGUGGCGAGGAACCCGAACGUCUACGCGGGCGUCCUAGGCGUCGCGUGGGCGUGCGUCACGAACAGGUGGCACAUCGAGACGCCGAGCAUCAUCGAGGGCUCCGUGCUCGUCAUGUCCAAGACCGGCGUUGGGCUCUCCAUGUUCAGCAUGGGGCUGUUCAUGGCGCUGCAGGAGAAUAUCAUCGCCUGCGGCGCCGGGCCGACCAUGCUCGGCAUGGCGCUGCGGUUCGUGGCCGGGCCGGCGGCCACGGCCGCCGGGGCCGUGGCUCUCGGGCUCCGCGGCGACGUCCUGCGCCUCGCCGUCAUCCAGGCCGCGCUCCCCCAGUCCAUCACCACGUUCGUGUUCGCCAGGGAGUACGGCCUGCACGCGGACGUCCUCAGCACAGCGGUUAUCUUCGGGACGCUGGCGUCGUUGCCCGUGCUGAUCGUGUACUACAUUGUUCUAGGUUUGGUGAGGUGUUAGUGCUGACGACGCAGCACGCAACAGGCGGCGUUACCUUUUUCAGUGGAUUUACCUACUUGCAGAGGAGUUGCCGGUUGCACCCCGGCCCUGACCUUCAGUAAUCAACUAGAUUAGCUGGUGCUUAUUAAGCUUGUGGCUUUGCUCUUGUAUAUGCAACUGUACCAGUAAGCACUGUGGCUAGUAUUUGAUGAGGGCAUCAAUAUAUAAUGACCAUCUCACAAGUGCAGCAAAGUUAAA